UCGAAGAAAAUUCACAAUGUUUUGACAAAACUGACAAAUGUUCCGUUUAAAAUCAGACUUGUAGCUCUUUACGCUUGGUUUUAUAAUAACAUCAUACAUAAGCGUAUAUUUGGCUGUGAUGGUGCUUGGGCUGACAUAGUAGGUAGCUAUGCUGAAGGAACAUGCACAGAUAGCUCAGAUAUAGACUUUACUCAAGCCUCAGAGGGAUAUGCAUACUCUGACCCAGAAGACAUUCCACAAGAGCAAAGGAGAGCAUUUAUUGUAGUAUCGGAUGACGAGCGAAUACCUCCUGGCUGUUGUUGGCUUCGGCUAUAUGACACCACAAUAGAUUGUAUCCGGAAUAAAACAAACGGACUCGAAAGCUUUGAAAAUAAACUCAAUAAAGAUAUAUUUAUAUGUGAUGCUAAGGUUAUUGAUGGACAUACCCAUUUUCCGUAUGAAAGAAAGAUAGAAAAAAUUGUGUGUAUGCGAGCCGCGUUCGUUUGUCGACCAGAUGGAAAUGUCUACAUGAAUCGAAAAAUAUUUGCGGGAUACUUCGCAAACCAGGGAUUAACUGUUUACAAACAGCUUAAUAAGUGUCUACCGAAGUGGUCAGUCCAUGGUCCUGCCUUUACCCAAACUUACUUUGGAAUGUUCAGCAUUGACGUGGUGUACAGUAUGCGCGUUCCAAAAUGGCCGCUUGCAGCUGAGGAAUGGAGAAAGAGAAAAAGAGACAACGAUUGGCCAAGUGCAGAGCUGGUUAAAGACAUAGUAAGCUCGGGGUUUGAUGUUGUACCAAUAUCGUCCAAAAUAACAUUGACAGAGAACUGUGAAAUUGAAUGGAGAAUAUCAUUUCGACUUGCUGAGACAAAGUUGGUGAAGUCAUUUAGCCAUGUGCAGAAAGAAUGCUUGAUCGCCCUGAAGAUAUUUGUUAAGCAGUUUGUUCAAACGAAAUACAAAGAUGAAGACUUUUUGUCGUCUUAUAUAAUGAAGACAUUGAUGUUUUGGACGAUUGAAACCACGGACGGGUCACUAUGGCAUGAGGAAAACAUUGUUGGCUGUUUGGAGAAGCUCUUUCAAACCCUCGAAAAAUGGAUCGAUGAUGGCUUUUGUCCGAGCUACUUUAUUCCCAAGUACAAUUUAUUUCGCACAAAACUAGAGAGGAUGUUUAUAUUAGGUUUUAGGGAGUGGAUUUUUCCCCUUAUUCGUGCUAAAGUGUGGACACUUAUUUUUGAGUGCAAAGCUUUUGCAAAUAUGUUCAGCGAUCCUCUGUCAGUUUGAGGCAAAACCUUUGCAAAGAAGUUCAGCGAUCCGUUGUCAGUUUGAGUGCAAAGUUUUUUGCAAAGAUUUUCAGCGAUCCUUUGCCAGAUUCAGUGCAACGCUUUUGAAAAGAUGUUCAGCGAUCCUUUGUUAGUUUAAGUGCAAAACAUUUGCAAAAAUGUUCAGCGAUCCUUUGUCAGUUUGAGUGCAAAGUUUUUGAAAAGAUGUUCAGCGAUCCUUUGUCAAACUGAGUGCAAAGAAUUUGCAAAGAUGUUCAGCGAUCCUUUAUCAGUUUCAGUGCAACGCUUUUGCAAAGAUGUUCAGCGAUCCCUUGUCAGUUUCAGUGCAACGCUUUUGCAAAGAUAUCUUUUCUCAGAUUGACUCUUCAGUAAAGUGUCAGAUGAGUGUUAUAUAUCGAUACCAUAAAAUAUAAAAUGACAGAAUUGCACGUUUUAAUCCGUUACAUGUAUGGCUAUGAGCAUGUUUUCUUGAAAAUAUAGACGCCUUUUCACCGUUUGUGUUUUUGCAAUAUCUAACAGCAUAUAUGUGUCAAA